CACACUACGAAGAGUGGUCUCCAACACUUUAUGCAGGAUAAACAAAAGUGUCGUUCUCUGCUUUUACGGCAUCUGGCUUUAGUUUUAUCCGGGUUUUUAUUUUUUUUUAUUUAUUUAUUUUUUUUCAUUGUUUUCCAUUUUGACAAAACUGAACGAUGGCAAUUUGUUAAAGUCUGCUUUUGAAGAGCAAGUCUGCUUAGUUUUCUCUGCAGAUCGGAGGCACUGCGAUGCCCUCUGAUUUCACAUCGCUCUUUAGCGCGGAUAUCGACCUCGAUUCGCCCAAGUCCCUGUACUCCAAAGAAUCAGUAUAUGAUCUUCUCCCCAAAGAGCUGCAGCUGCCAUCUACUAGAGAGCAGAACGCAGCUGCUAUGAGUCAAAACAGUGGUGGAGAGGCAGGACCUCCCCCGGCAACAGCCCUUGCUGCAGAUGCCUCAUCCGACUCUUCUGCUGUGAACAUGGGAAGUCCUCGAACUGCUUUUCCCACCUCUUCCUGUUCAACCGUGCACUCCACAUCUGCUUCAGAAUGGAUUGCUGCAAAUGACAGCAGCACACCAGGAGAUUCAAACAGCCGAAGGAAAGCUGAGGUGUUGGAAGGCAAGGUCUCCAGCUGUAACAGGGUGUGUGGAGAAAAGGGUGGAGGAACCAGCCAGCAGACCCAACAGCAACAUCAGAUGACGCCCUCCAAACGGUCUGUCCUCAGCAUCUCGCCUCCACCCGAAGACCUGCUCGAUGACAGCCGCAUGUCCUGCCAGGACGACCUUCUGCUGGACUCGGAACAGAGCAGCAGCAUCUGGAUGGAGAACUCUGUCUCCAAAUUCAGCAUCGCGAGCUCCAGCUCCUAUAAUGACAACAAUGAAGUGCCCCGCAAGGCCCGCAAGUACACCCCUCGGCAGAAGCCUGGACCAAAGCCGAUCCCAGCUGAAGAGGCCAACAUGGAUGUCUUCGAUGCAGAUAGUGCCAAAGGUCCACACUUUGUGCUUUCACAGCUUGGCCCAGACAGCAAGGUCUGCUCCAAAGCAAGUUCUGGUGGACCACAAUCAUCUAGUCACAAAGGUGGGAUACUGUCUGGUCAGUAUCCUCAGAAAAGUGAAGGGAAAGAACUAAAGAUUCUGGUGCAGCCUGAGACUCAGCAUAGAGCCCGUUAUCUGACCGAGGGCAGCCGUGGGUCUGUGAAAGACCAAACACAACAAGGUUUCCCUACUAUUAAGAUUGAAGGAGUGAAGGAGCAAGUGAUACUGCAGAUUUUUGUUGGCAAUGACGCUGGGCGUGUGAAGCCUCAUGGGUUCUACCAGGCCUGCAAAGUUACAGGCCGAAACACAACAGCCUGUAGAGAAGUAGACAUUGAAGGCACCACUGUUAUUGAAGUGCCUCUGGACCCCAGCAACAAUAUGACUCUGGCUGUAGACUGUGUGGGGAUCCUGAAGCUCAGGAAUGCUGAUGUGGAGGCCCGUAUCGGGGUGGCCGGAUCCAAGAAGAAGAGCACCCGUGCCAGGCUGGUGUUCCGAGUCAGCAUCCCACGCCCUGAUGGCUCUCUGCUCACGUUACAGACCUCAUCGUCCCCCAUACUGUGCACCCAGCCUGCAGGAGUACCUGAGAUACUCAAAAAGAGUUUGCACAGCUGUUCAGUUACAGGGGGGAAUGAAGUCUUCAUUAUUGGAAAAAACUUUCUUAAAGGAACCAAGGUCAUUUUUCAGGAGAAUGCUUCAGAUGAUAAAUCCUGGAAAGCAGAGGCUGACAUUGACAUGGAGUUUUUCCAUCAGAACCACCUCAUUGUCAAAGUCCCUCCAUAUCAAAACCCAUCUAUCACAUCUCCUGUGUCUGUGUGUAUCUGUGUUGUGACAAAUGCUGGACACUCCCACGAUGUGCAACCAUUUACAUACACUCCAGAGCCAGCUGUUGAUUUGUCUGUAAAGAAGGAAGUCUUGCCUCCAGUGACACCCUGUUGUUUUGAACAAAUCAAAGUAAUGGACAGCGCUUUGAUGGCCCCAGUUUUGCCCCUUGUUAAACGAGAAGAAGUCACUCCAAUGGAGGUCUCCAGUAACCCCUCGGCCUUCAAGACCUCCGAUGUCAUCAAUUCAGCACAGAAGGCCUUAGAGAUGAGUACCGAGAUCUCCACCAAUAUUUGCACAUUUUCCAGUCCUCUGGCCCACCAAACGAGAGAACAGGAGCCAUCACCUAACUCUGUCUUUUCCAACAAAGAGCCUUUCAGCACCAUCCAAGAACAGGACCUUGCACCCAGCAGGUCUUUCCAUGUACCUAGUAAAUCUCUUCUUCAGCAAGGAGUCCAGCCAUUCAUUUUGGAACACAGAGACAGUCUUGGGCAGGAGAGAUCCAGCAACACUGGCGUUUCAGUGGUGGGGCUCCCUCAAAUAGACGACAACCCUCAGCAACAGCUCUCCCUUCUGCCUCCCGAUGAGGUGGCGCAACUGGAGCAGGCGGUACGGCAGCUGCAAGCAAAGGGAUUCUGCAACAUCCAACUUCAAUCUGAGAAUUCACUGUCAAAGCAGCGACACCAUCAACUUCAGCAGCAGCAACAGCAAAUCCAUCAACAGCAGCAUCAAAUCCAGCAACAACAGCAGCAAAUUCAACAGCAACAGCAGCAGAUCCAGCACCAAGAGCAACAAAUUCAGCUGGUGCAGCAGCAGCAAGUUCUAGAGAACCUUCAGCAUCAGCUCUUUCAGCCACAGGUUCAAAUUCAUUGUAGUUCAGAGCAGCAGAGCCCUUCACAGGGUAUGGUGCAGAAUGGGAGUUCUCUCUUCCAGCAGACACCACCACCACCACCACAACAACAACAGGCAGCCUUAUUUCAGCAAGCCAAGGAGCUCAUAUCCAUUCAAGCUGGCUUUCUUCAGCAGCAACCCAACCAUUCCUCACCUUCCCUUUUUCACAACCCUACGGCACUGGCUGAAGCCCAAAGCCCACAGGAGGCUCUUUUUCACACACAGAAGACCUCACACAACCAGGACCAGGUACAAGCUUCCCUCUUCCAAAGCAACCUCACAGUUCUCAGUGGAUCCAGUAUGUCCACAGAAGCUCAGCCUUCUGCUACUAGUAUGUUUCUUUCCCAGAACACAGUACAGGGUAAACUCCCAGUCAAUGCCAGCCAGCCUCAGCAACUGGCUUUCCUCACUUCUAUGCAGACAUCUUCUCUAGAGGCCCCAUCUGUAUUCCAGGAUCCCAUCCAGCAAAGCACUCCAAUGGAGCAACAACAGUCACCACAGCAGGCCCAACCUGGUUCUCUAUUCCAGAGCAUCUCCCAAUCACCAAGCAAGCUCUCCUCUGGCCAGCAACAGCAGCCUGGUCUUCUCCUCAGUUCGUUAACAUCUGCAGUGACACAAGACCAAACCUCCAAUCUGUUAUUCUGUGGCCAAGUCCAGAUGUCAUCGAUGAACAACAGCACCCUAACUUCCCCAGAACCACAAAACACCUCCCUUCCCUUUACUGUCCAGCAGCAGGAGCCUUCUGAACCCAUGACAUUUCAGGACCAGACUACGAUGGUGGUCAACCCGUCCUCAAAAAAGCCCUUGUUCAAGGACCAGCAACCCAUGCAGUUGGCGCCAAGUUCUGGUACAGACCCUUCACAGUCUGUAAACCUCUUCAUGGCCCAGUCCAAUUUGCAAGGGGGGAUGGCUUCUCAAGAAACACUUUUUGCACCACCAAGUGAUGUAGCUAGACUUCAGACCAGCACUUCUUCUCCAGUACAACAGCCUGGUCCCUUCUUUCAGACUACAAUGAGUGGAAGCCUCAACCAGCCCAACCAGAAUCAGCAGCCCAAUCUCUUUCUCUUUGAGAUCCAUAAUGAGUGCCAUCAACUGAUGAACUCCCAAGGAACCUCGCUAUCUGAUCAGAUCAUUGCUAUCAAUCAGUCUGGUCAAAGUCGGCAAGAGAGCGAGGGGCAAAUCCAGUCUUUACUUGGGCAACCCAUGUCAGACCCUGGAAGUGUGCAAAACACCAUGACAACCUCUCAGAACAUGGAGAAGAUUGAUGACCUUCUGGUGAGCCUUCAGGAGCAAGGCAAUACCAUCUCCCAUUCGUAUUAGAGCCUUCAAGCUUUACCUUCUCAAUAUUUCCCUUCCAUAUAUGUUUAUUGAUAUUUCUUGCACAAAUAUUGGAUAUUUGGAUUUCCUAUAUAUUGGAUAUUGAAAAAAUACAGAAUUUUGGAGAUAUUUUGCUCAUACCGAUCAUUAAAAAUAACUAUUUACUCUUACAAGGUUCUCGGAGUAGGACAUUCACUUUUACUUAACUCUGCCCAUGAACUUCGAGAAACUAGAGUUGACUUUUGACAGAUUUGGCAAAACCUGUUGGAGAAUCACAACUGGAUCUACAACUUAUCUACAAAUUCACCUGCUAUUACACAUUGACAGCACUUAUUUAAGAGCAGGACACAUGUGGUGACUGCAGUUAUGCUUUGUAGUGACACCACUGCAAAUAUGAACAUAAUUUCUGGAUUCCCGCAUCUUUUUCAUUGAGUCUUGGGAUGUCUAUUUUAGCUGUGAACUUAACUUAUCAUAAAUAUAGAAUGCCUGGUAUUGGCAUAUCUCAAUACAAGCAGUCUGCAGUGAGAUUUUUAAUUACAGUUUUUUUUUAAUUAAAAACUCAUAAUGUGCUUUUCUGUCUCAGUACACUUGAGUAUCUAUUUAUAUGCUAUUUAAAAAAAAAAAAAAAAAAUCUUUUUUUUUUUAGAUUAGUCAAACUGCAAAAGAAAAUAUCUUUAUGAAAAAAAAAUUUUUUUUUGCCAUUUUCCUCCUAGCACUUUAUAUGCAAUAUGUUUUCAGUGUGGUUAGUUACUCCUGAUUUUACAUUUCAUCAAGCUUUCUCUCAACUUUUGUUUACUUUAUAUGUAAUUCUACUGUCUUUCAUCUGUUUACACAAAUGUUUAUUUUAGACUAGUCAAUCAGAAAUGCACCUUCAUGGUUAAAACUCUGAAUCUGAAUCUAAAAUACAAAGAGCCUUUAUUUACUGUAGCUUCUGGUAUUAAUUUUUAAUUUCGGUUCAACUAAGUAAUUUCUUGCCAUCUCAGUUAGCUUGUGUGGUUUCUGAUGUCUACGUUUUGCAUGUCAGAGUGUCCUAUAUACAUGCAUUUGUGUGACAUAUUUUAUGAUAAUAUGUCUAUAAGUGUCUUUUUUUUCUUCUAUUAAUUUUUAAAUAUUUGCAUAAUGAUGUUCAAAUAAUUUUGUCAUUAUUUUAUUUGCCAGCGUCUGGAACGCUUAAACAGGGCAGAUUGCCUUUAUUGGCAAAUCAGAAGGGAGUGUCCAACCAGUAUUACAAACAAGUUCUCUAAAUAUACUGGCAUGCAGUAUAUACACAUAUAUUGUAAAAGCUGGCAAAGCAACCCUUUAAAGGAAGUAACCCUUUAUCUAUUUUAGCAGAAAUAUAGUUUGGAUCAAGCGUUUUGCUUUGUCAUAACUUAGGGUGCAACGAGGUUAAAGGCCCCUGGGAAAAAAGGCACUUUUGAUUUCGUUUUCUCCCAAAGCACUAAACAGCAAUAAAAAAUACCACAGUACUUUCCUAAACACCUGUUUGUCUCUAUACACUGCAAAGUAUUCCUGAUCCAUGAGAUCAUUGUGUGCAAUGUCUAAAGUUUGAUUUUGAGGUAAUUUGAUCUAAUCUUUAAUAGUUUUUAAAAUGUUGCAAAUUCAUGUAGGUAAUGAUAAUCCCUGAAAUUAUCACAUUUAUUUUAAGACAAAAGACUUAUUUGUUCAAGGUGAUUACCCUUUAAGCUUGGAUGGACCUGCGAGAAAAACCAAUAAUUGUCAAAAUAUUAACAACUACAGUCUUGACCAACACAAAAUAGGUAUCGUUUGAAACCUUAGAAGCUCUACUUUCCAAUGCACGCAGGCUUUGCAAUGCUUUAACAUUUGCAAACAAAUCAGAAGUGUUCUGUUUUGAUAAUUUAUAUAUAUAUAAAAAUUGCAUUGUACAUAUUAUUGCUAAAACAUCAAACUCAUCAAAUAGCCAUGUGUCAUAUGUUGUUGGAAAGCUCUCAAAGAGUAGAAUACAACCAGCCGUUUUGUUGUACUCUGAGACACAAAUAUAGCAAGUAAUAGAUGAGAGUCUCUGAAUAUAUCAUAAUCUAUGUCAUACAUUUUUUUUAAACGUUUUCUUUACAGUGAUACCAAACACUUGAUCCUCCUUGUUUGUUUUUCUCCAAGUUAUAAGCCUUUCAUUUUUAGUGUGCCACUGAAACAGGAAAUCUUUUAAAAACACCCUCAGAGCUUAAAGGGUUAAAAACACUCCAAUAAGUGAAAGGAUAUGAUUUGGGGUUAAAAACCCCUCGUUGCAGGGCCUAAAGGCCCCUAUAAAGCACAUUGUUUUUCUUAAGUGGGGCGAAUAGAUUUGUUAUGAAAAAUGUUCAAAGUGGGCUCACAUUCACUGAUCCAAUAACAGAGUCAUUUGUUUGUAGAAUACUUAAGAUGUUAUGAACUGCCAAAUGUGAUUGAAAAUAACAGGAAAUGGUGCACAUUUUCAAGUGGUUAUUUUGAGUAAGUAUUAUCUUGCUGUCUCAGAAGUAUUUGUCUAAGUUGACAAAUUUUGCCCUAUAGCUAU